AGAACCUAGCAGUCCUUAUACCAAAACUCCAAAACCCCCUUUAAAAUAUGCUCAAAAUUGUAUGGUUUUUAGCCACUUUGAGUAGCUCUACUGCCCAAAGUUUUUAUAACAAAAUGCAAUGUGCUAAUUGUUCGCAUAUCAACAUGGACUGCGCUAUCACGACAACUGGGUGGAGUUGUGAGUUUGAGCUCGAUGCCCUAAAGUUGGAUGAAAAGAUGAACUCGACAGGAAUGCCACCGCUUUUGCAGCCUUGCGUGCUUCCCGGAAUGGGUUUUAUAAGGGAGAAGGCCCUAAUGGGGUAUUGCUGUUUUUGGUCGCCAGAAAUGGGAUGUCAAAAGCUCAGGAGAAAUGACAUAGAUACAGAAGGUAAAGACCAGUGCCAUAGCUGCUCCCGGACAAUUUGGUCAUCGCUUAUGGAAAAUAAAACGUGUCCAUGUGGUAAAUGGUUUCUCGACACAGAAGACAGGGCCGGAGGACUUAGGAGUCGGGAUUUCAUGUUGAUAUGGGCAUCAUUAUGUACCUUUGUUCUCUAAUUACACGAAUAAUUUAUUUAUUUUCCGUAA